CCUGAUUUUAGCAAGAGGCCCCAGGCGCAUCCAGGAGCUUCGCGAGCCAGAAACGCGGAGGCCGUGCGGCUUCCUCAUUAACGCUCCUGAAGGACAAUAGCUCAUCAAGCCCCGCGAAAGCCCCGGACCCGUCGGAGCCUGGGCUGGCGGGGGAUGAGGCUGAGCGACUCCUCCUAGAGGUGGUUAUGUGGAGAAGGAGCAAUCCCUUCUCCCUCCUCCUCCUCCCCCCGCUACCAUCCGAGGCCCGGAGAACUGCCGCUUGCCGCCAUUGACACGCACAGAUCGAACCCAAAGAAAGGCAAAGAGUCCUGCCCCGCACCGCGCCGCGCGGGCCGAUCUGCGCCCGGCGAGGGGCGCGCGGAGCGCACGGGGCGCCCGAGCCGGCGGCGCAGCACCAGUGUUCUGGAAGUGCCGGGAGGCCACUGUGUCAGCAAGCUGAGUGGGAAACCAAGGCAAGAUGUCGGGCCGGAGUGGGAAGAAGAAAAUGUCCAAGCUGUCCCGUUCAGCCAGGGCCGGCGUCAUCUUCCCUGUCGGGAGGCUGAUGCGUUACCUGAAGAAGGGAACGUUCAAGUACCGGAUCAGCGUGGGCGCCCCAGUCUACAUGGCAGCUGUCAUCGAGUACCUGGCAGCGGAAAUUCUGGAAUUGGCUGGGAACGCCGCAAGGGACAACAAGAAGGCUAGGAUAGCCCCCAGACACAUCCUGCUGGCGGUCGCCAAUGACGAGGAACUCAACCAGCUGCUGAAAGGAGUGACCAUCGCCAGUGGAGGCGUCCUGCCCAGAAUCCAUCCAGAACUGCUGGCCAAAAAGCGGGGGGCCAAAGGCAAGUCUGAAACCAUCCUCUCCCCUCCCCCAGAGAAGAGAGGAAGAAAAUCUACAUCAGGCAAGAAAGGGGGCAAGAAAUCCAAGGCGGCCAAGCCACGGACAUCCAAAAAGUCUAAACAAAAGGAUGGUGAUAAAGAAGGUACUUCAAAUUCCACCUCUGAAGACGGCCCAGGGGAUGGAUUCACCAUCUUGUCUUCUAAGAGCCUUGUUCUAGGACAGAAGCUGUCCCUGACUCAGAGUGACAUCAGCCAUAUUGGCUCCAUGAGAGUGGAAGGCAUCGUCCAUCCCACCACAGCUGAAAUUGACCUCAAGGAAGACAUAGGUAAAGCCUUGGAAAAGGCUGGGGGAAAGGAGUUCUUGGAAACAGUAAAGGAACUCCGCAAAUCCCAAGGCCCUUUGGAAGUCGCUGAAGCUGCUGUCAGCCAGUCCAGUGGCCUAGCUGCCAAAUUUGUCAUCCACUGUCACAUCCCUCAGUGGGGCUCUGACAAAUGUGAAGAACAACUUGAAGAGACCAUCAAAAACUGCUUGUCAGCUGCAGAGGACAAGAAGCUAAAGUCUGUUGCAUUCCCACCUUUUCCCAGUGGCAGGAACUGCUUUCCCAAACAGACUGCAGCCCAGGUCACCCUCAAGGCCAUCUCGGCACACUUCGACGACUCAAGCGGGUCCUCGCUGAAGAAUGUCUACUUCCUGCUCUUCGACAGUGAGAGCAUCGGCAUCUAUGUGCAGGAGAUGGCCAAGCUGGACACCAAGUAG